AUGGACGUAAUUUCACGAAACACUCCUCCAUCGACUCUAAAUCCUUACGCCCCGAUCUUCGUUCCGGCGUCCUAUCGGACGGUGGAGGACUUUUCCGACCAGUGGUGGGAUCUAGUUCAGUCCUCCCCUUGGUUUCGCGAUUACUGGCUUGAGGAAUGCUUCUGUGAUCCCCAAAAUGACCCUACCUUCCCCGAUAAUUACGACCCUGUCCUUCCUAACAUGAACGAUCUCUUCGGUGGUACCACCAUCAAACAAGAGGAGAGAGAAGGGCAGAAGGAUUUGGUUUCCCUUGGAGUGUUGAAGUGGAGGAAACCGCGUGUCAUGGCGGGGACGCCUAGGUACUUUGAGAAGGCUCCGAAGAUUGUAAAUGUGAAAGUGAGUCCGAGGACGAUUCAGCAGCCAAGGUAG